GAGCGGAUCGGGCGCUGAGCGGCAGCACUGCACCUCCAACACAGCGCGCCAGGACCGUUAACACAUCCACCUCUCUCUCUCUCUCUCUCUCUCUCUCUCUGUCUGACUCUCUCUCUCUCUCUUCUCUGUGUGUCCGUGCACGGUUUACCCCCUCAUCGAUACGUGCAACUGAUACUACCCGGGAAAACUCGACCUCACACGGCGAUCGUCUUGGCUGUGCGCGCAAACUUUUUCCUCCCCUCGCAUGCUCCGCGGCUCUCUCUGCGCCUGGCACGGACCACGAAAAAAAAGUUUCGCUUGUGCAGGAUAAAAGGACGCCCAGGAUCUGUCCAGGAAAUACUUUACACACCGACGAUCCUGGUCAAGCUUAAACUGCCAGCGAGAGGCACCCAUUCUAAGUAUAAAGGACGGACCCAAUCGGCACCAUACUCCCCAUACCGUUCCCCCCCGCUCUUUUCUCUCCACCCCUUCCCCCUGCCCCAUUGAGCUCUCCGCUCACCCCUCCCCCUCAACCGACACCCUCUGCAAAGAUGGACCUUCACCAUCGAGCCGCCUUCAAGAUGGAGAGCUCAUCGUAUCUCCCUGGCCCGCUGGCGUCUCCAGCCCUCAUGGUGCUGGCGUCAACAGCAGAUGCCAGUCGUGACGCCUCGGCCCCGUGUCAGCAGCCUCGGCCGUUUGGCGCACCUGUCUCCGUCUCGGACAAGGACGUGCACCUGCCAUUCGCCAACGGCUCCUACGCCUUUGCCUCCGUCUACCACCGGCAGCCUGGCUUUGGUGGUCGUGACUUUGCACCAUCUCUCCUGCACCUGCACCACCAGUUUGCGCCACCUGGCCUGGACUGUCCACCGUCCAUCGGUGUCCUCAACCAUGGUGCUGUCGGAGCGUUCCGGCCCUUCGCGUCACCACCAGAAGAGCGUGAUUCGGCCUCAGGUGCCUACCAAUCAGCUUUCACUCCAGCAAAGCGCCUGAAGGGCUGCCUGGAGGCAGAAGCCUCUCCGCACCUGCGCUACUCCGACGCCGAGGGUAAAGAGUAUGACUACGGUGGUGCCCACGUGCCCUCAGGCUCACCCGGUGCCCUCAAGGCUGUGGAGGAUGCCGGAAAGAAAAUCUUCGCCGUCUCCGGCCUGCUGUCCGACCGCGAGGCCUCGUCCAGCCCAGAGGACCGCAUUGAGCGCUGCAAGAAGAAGGUGUCUCUGUAUGACAGCCAGGCUCCCAUCUGCCCCAUCUGCCAGGUUCUGCUGCGUCCUGGAGAGCUGCAGGAGCACAUGGAGCAGGAGAUGGAGAGACUCACCAAUUUGCACAUCAGUAAGAACCCAUCACCGAAGGAUCUCAGCACAGCGCCCGGCACGCCCAAGUCUCUCCUGUUGUCAGUGCAUAUCAAGCGUGAGGGAGAGUCUCCAGUAAUCUCGCCGCUGUCCUCCGACGACCCGCACCAUUCUGACAGAUACCAGACGUUUUUGCGAGUGCGGGCAAACAGACAGACUCGCCUGAAUGUCGGUGACCUCUGCUGGCGCAGGCGUUACGGCAAGGAUGUGCCCCGAGACGUGCCCCUAGCUCCCUACUGCCUACACGACGCGCGGAUCGGCAAACUGAAGCGGCGGAAGCCGGAAGAUGGACAGGUAUGUCCGCUGUGCAGCGCUCCGCUGGAAGGAACGGUUGAGGAAAUGAAUAGGCAUGUGGAAGCCUGUCUGUUAAAGAGGGAGGGAGGCAUGGACGACGAUCAGGCCGAUAUGGAAGGCGAGAACGGCACACGCUUCGAAGAGUACGAAUGGUGUGGCCAGAAGAGGAUCCGAGCCACCUCUCUGCUGGAGGGAGGCUUCAGGGGAACGGGCUUUGCUAUGUGCAGCGCAAAAGAGAGCCACGACAGCGAUGCCGACCUGGAUGUGGACGGAGACGACACGCUGGAGUACGGCAAAGCGCAGUACACCGAAGCAGAUAUCAUUCCCUGUUCUGGAGAAGACCAAGGGGAGACCAAAGAGCGUGAGGCACUCCGUGGAGCCGUCUUAAACGGAGGCAUGCCGUCAAACCGGAUAACGCCGGAGUUCUCCAAGUGGGCCAGCGACGAAAUGCCGUCAACAAGCAACGGCGAGAGCAGCAAGCAGGAGGCCAGCUCCUCAUCGACGUCUAGCGUGCCCAGGACCUGCAAAAACAGCGAGAUCGAGAAGAUCACAGAGGAUUCCACAGGAACCACACUGGACGCUCUGAAGGCUCGCAUCCGAGAACUGGAGAAGCAGAUCCUCAGAGGAGACAGAUACAAGUGUCUGAUCUGCAUGGACUCUUACACAGCACCUCUCACCUCCAUCCAGUGUUGGCAUGUCCACUGUGAAGAAUGCUGGCUUAGGACUCUGGGAAAUAAGAAACUGUGUCCACAGUGCAACACCAUCACAUCACCAGGAGACCUCCGACGCGUGUAUUUGUGAACGAUUCACCAUCAGCGUGCGGAUCCUUCCCCAUUUUUUUUUUUCCUUUUUUUCUUUUUGCUCAUUCUGUUCUGGUGGAUUUCAGUUUUCUCUUCCAGACUGAGAGUCUUGUGCCGAUAUUACCGAGGAGCAUCUGAUGUAGCAGCAAACUGCACAGGGACUUGUAAGGACUAUGUAUAGACUCAGUACUUCCCUGUGAGUGAAAAGCUCCUCCCACUUCUUGCCCAGCCUCUGACUCUGCCCCCUUGUGGUGCUCCAUGUUACAGUGCAGGUCCAUAACACUGCUGCCCACUUCCCAGCUUCGCUUUGACACACGUCCUCUGUUCACUACAACGGAGUGUGUGUUCGUGUGUGUCUGUGUGUGCAUGUCGGUGGGAUUUUUCUCAGCAAGGCCUUCAGCUGGGACAGCCCUCCAUCCCGGCAGGGACUAAAAGAUUUAAGAAAAACUAAAAAAAAAUUAUAAUAGUUUAGCCCCCACCGUUCUGUCCCUUCCAUCCCUUUCCACCCCUUUCUUCAAACUGUCAUUGUGUUUUUUCUGCCCCCCCCAAUUUUCACUUUUUUUGUGGUGUUCUAGUGACGUCAACCAAAUUCAAUGAACCAGUGCAAGCACAUGUAUUAUAGUCUUGUAUGUUUACGGUGUUGUGAGUAAAUGACAUAGAGAACACACUUGUAUACACAUGCAUAACAUGCACACACACUCAAAGAAAAAAAAUUACACACACACACACACACACAAGUAUAUAUUGCUAAAGUCCAGUUUUAGUUGGGGGCCGAGGGUCGGGUGGGUGAAGGAGGGGCUGAUGUUUCAAUCUUUGUGGAAAAAGAAAUCCCUCUGUAUUUUUAAACAAAUGUUGUUGUCUUGAGGUUGAAGUUGUAUUUCAUUGUACAGGAAGAAAUUUAAUAAUAUUAAUAAUGAAGUACUCGAACUAGGCUUUAAAGGUUUAGGCUGUACUUUUUUCCCCCCCCCCCAACUGAUAUACAGUAUAAACUGUAGAUUCAAAUCUGAAGUAAGGGAGCGCAUCUCAUUUUUCUUUGGCUCUUUUUUUAUAUAUUGAAAAGAUUGAAUGAUUUUAAUUUACUGUUAACCACCUUUAAGAUACUUUCAAGUAACAGGAAACACUGCAGCGUUAAACUGCUUCAUUUAGUGUGAGUUUGCUGCAAGCAGACACUUAAGCAGGUGUGAUCGCGUUCUUCCAUUUAAAGAUGGGCCUGCGCGAAGCUUUCCAUUCCCAUGUUUUGGGGAUAUGUUCAGAUCAUUCAGCCCUGUUGUGGAAGACCGUGAUGCUUUUGAUUUCAUUUCAUUCUUCAAGAUGGAUCAAGUAAGGCCGGGAUGAUUGACAAAUUGACCGAUAUCCUGGACCCUCCGCUCUUUCUAGGAGUGAGAUGGUGUACUUUUGUAUUUGUACAACUAUAUAUUCUGUGAUUUUUAUUUCCUGUAUUGAUGUAAGCAAAGAAGGGGAAAUUUAUUCUAAAAAAGAAAGCAAAUUCCUGAUUCCAGUCCCAUAAUAAAUGGUCAAAAUGUUAUAACUUUUUUUUUCCCCCUUUAUUUUCCCCCUCAUUUGCAUCAUUAGCUCAGAGAUUAAUGGCUGUCUCCUACAAUUCUGUAAAUAAACCAGUUUUCAAAUUUGA